AUGAUCUCAAGAAAGGGAUUCAAAUUACAAACACUAAUUUAUAAAAUUAAUUCUUAAUUAUCAAACAAAAAAUUAAAUCCACAGAGUUUAUAAUUUUAUACUAGUGAUUUGAUAAGAGAAGAGUUAUUGAAGAUCUAACUCAUACAAACAGUCCUAUCUGAUGCAAUUCAUUGGAUGGUUGAGAUUAUUACAACUUUAAAGUAAAAAUUGAUAAAUUCAAUUUGCAGUUUUGAGGAAUGAGGAAAUAGUUGAAUUUUGAAGUUAGAAAUUCAUCAUGAGAGAGAUCGACAAAUAUAUAAGGAUCUAGGUAAAUCUAUCUUUAAGAUUAUAUCAUAAAUACUAGGUAUCCAAAAAAGGAACUUAAAGAUGA